AUGCAUGUUAUUCUGUUGAACGUCGUCUCAUAUAAUCGCAUCACCAUGGACGAUGACGACCACGACUACAUGCAGCUCCACCCGGCCAUUGAGGUGUCCUUCACUUGUACCUUGGACGAGCUUCGUAGCAUUGCCCACGAUGCCACUCCUCUGCCCCAGGACCUCUUUCAUGCCCAACGCUCGCUCUUGCGCACGGCCACCGCUCGCAUCGCCCGCAAAGGCCUCAGCACUGAUACCGAAACUUACCGCCGUCUCGGCAUCCUGAUCCCACAUUGGAAGCACCCAGCCCAGUUCGAGGCCGUGCUGCACGCCUUGCGCGAUUACUGGCAGCACCACAACACGGCUGCGUCGCUGGGUGCGUCGACGCCGUUCCGGCGGGUCCGUAUCAAGGCAGCCAACUACCUCCGCAAGCUUGCUCGUGCCGAGGAACAUGACGAGGUCAAGAACGAAUAUGACGAUGGGGAUGAGGACGCAGACAAGGAAGACUGCAGCCUGCCCUCGCCCACAAUGAUGCGUGUGUUCCGUCUCGUCAACGGCAACCUCGAGAUCCCGGCGACACUGUUCAAAGCGCUGGCCAUGGCCGGGCGUAUCCAAGACGCCUUCUUCCCCGACGAGCCCAGCACCUGGGAGCGAGGGCCCAGCGGCCAAGGAUCAGAUACAGACGAUGGUACCGAUGGUGCAAGCGAGAUGUCUUUCAAUGGAACCGAGACGGGGUCGUGGGCCUCGUCGUGGUCGUAUGGCGGCGGAGACGACCAUGGAGACGACGACUUCCGUUGCGACGGAGAUGGUGUCGUCUUUGCUGAACAUGAUGCUGUCGAGGUAGCACCGCAGGUAGACAACCAGAAAUUGCAAGUGGCUGGCACCGGCAGCUGCAAUAGCAGCAGAAACAGAAACGGCAAACUUGGACAUGGCGGCAAUUCGGGCGGCGGCGCUUUCGGAGGCAUAGACUUUGGCUUCCUCCCAGAGGUGAUGCGUCGCAUGAUAGGCUUUGGCAACUGCCCAGCCUCACCAUCAGCUUCGCCGACGCUGCCUGGACCAUCCAAUAUUGUCUUUUGUCCCAUACCCGUCGUGUUCAUGCCAAUGGCGAUGGGACAGGGAGACAUGGGCCAAGCAGGCAUGGGCCCGGCCAUGAUGGAUGCGAUGCAGAACAUGAUGAAGCAAAUGUCAGGGGCGAAUGAAGGCCGGGGGAAGUCUUCACUACCCGGUCCGAAGCUCCUUCCCGGUGUCGAGAUAAAAAUAGAAGGUGGUGCACCUACCAAGCCCAUGAUGACUCUACCUCCGGCAGGUACGAUUCGCACCAAACGGCCCGUCCCGUCCAGUGCAGCUGCCUCUGCAACUUGCCACAAGAAAGCCAAGACUAUCAAGUCUGAGGACUGCGGCGCCUUAACGAAAGCCGUCUACUGCCAGACCAGCGCCCAAUACACCGACUCGUUCGCCUUCAGCGGCAAGUCAGACAUCAGCCCGAGUGGCAUCGCGGCCAGCACCGUGGCCAUCUGCGACAACAGCCCCUGUGACAGGCCGUAA